AGAUCAAAAUCUAUGAAGUUCAUGUUUUUCGUUUUUUUCGUUUUUUUCUCGCGUGCAUCAUGGCGGAGGUGCCGCCAGUCCCCGAGGGCUAUGAGAUGCGUGAUUUGUGCAGAGAAGACUUCCACAAGGGCCUAAUCCCGCUUCUGGCGCAGCUUACUCAGGUGGAUGACCUGUCCGAGAGUCGCUUCCUUGAGAUUUUCGAGCUUCGCCAGCGGCAGGCAGAGGUUUAUCGUUCGCUGGUCAUCGAGCACUGCGAGUCCAAGCAGCUUGUGGCCACGGCCUCCUUGAUUGUGGAGGCGAAAUUUGUUCAUGGAGGCGCGUGUGUCGGCCACGUUGAGGACGUAGUCGUGGACGACCAUCAUCGGGGCAAAGGCCUAGCAAAGUCUCUCAUGAAUGAGCUGGCGGAGGAUGCCCGCCGACGGAGGUGCUACAAGGUGAUCCUGGAUUGCAAGGAAUCCAACGUGGGCCUCUACGAAAAGUGUGGAUACAAAGUUUGUGACCGGCAAAUGAGAUUAGAUAUUCCAGCCAGCGCGGCUAAGCCGUGAAACACGUUUUCCGUUCGUAGAGGGCUCGGUUGAACACGACCGUUCCUCGCCCCUACCAAAGAGCGAUCUUGAUGCGCUUGGUGCAGCUUUUGAUGCCAGUGCUCCAUUAAGGCUGUCCUGUAAGAAGACUG